GGCUCAGAUCUCACUACGGCCCAUACGUUCGCCCUAUCCAAAUCCGAGUACAGAAAAGCAGUCGUAGACUCGCGGUGGCUCUGGCGCCGAUGGCAACCGCGAAGCCAACGGCGCCGGCACCGCACGCGUGGGCCGCCGCCUUCACGCAGAUUCUGCCCCCGCGCGCGCCACGACGCCGAAGGGCAGGGGCUGUGAGGGCCUCGCCUCCUUCCACCGCCGGCAGCGGAGACGCCGGCGAGCUUCUUCCUGCCCGGCUCCAGCCGAACGCGCGGCAACCGCUCUGGCACGGCGGCGGAUUCAGCCUCGGCGUGGACUUGGGAGACGCCCGCACGGGGCUCGCCGUCGGCAGGGGCAUCACGCAACCUCGCCCUCUCACGGUUCUCAAGCUGCGGGGCCAGAAGCUGGAGCUGGUGCUGCUCGACGUAGCUCAGGAGCAGGAGGCGGACGAGCUGAUCGUCGGGCUUCCGGUGUCGGCCGACGGGAGGGAGACGCCGCAGUCCAACAAGGUCCGAAGCGUCGUCGGGAGGCUCGCCAUCCAAGCCGCCGACAGGGGGUUCAGGGUUUAUCUGCAGGAUGAACAUGGAACAUCAAUGGACGCCCUUAACUACAUGAUCUCCAGGGGAGUUAAGAGGACUGGUCGUGACGUCAAAUCUGAUGCGUAUGCCGCCGUGAUGAUUUUGGAGAGAUAUUUUUCAUCAUCGGGUCAAGAGACUAAGAUUGUUCUUCCAAAGCAACAGGAACUGCAGGACAAACUAAUGGCUCAAUCAAGGCAGUAUGAUGAUAUCUACUAGGAAGGCAUGUCUUCUACUCUAUGAUCUCUAUCCAACUUUAGACACCAUACUACUUACGACUAGUAGAAUUUAGAUAACAAUUCUGUUGUGUUAAUGACUUCUCUUCUGGCUUUACACCUUCAGGAGUUAGUGCGAUCACUAACUUCAAUCGAUUAUGGAGAGUUUUCCUUUUCUGCUGUGGCAAAUUUGUCAAUCCUUGUUUUUUAAGUCUAAGACCAGAUGGAUAUUGAGUAGCUUGGGCAUUGCUUACUGUCAUGGUCAGCUCUUGUAUGGGUCAUCUAGCUACACUCUAUUUUCCAGAUACUUGCCUGCCUGAUUCAUAACAUUGUAGAUAAACGUUAUGAUGUGCUGCUGCACUGCUA